AUGGCAAAAAUCGAAGAAAAUGUAAGUGAAUAUUUUGGAGGAGUUAUCGGAAAAUAUUUGACAAAAGGGUGAGUUAUUUUUAUCAUAUAUUCCCGGAUAGUUUUUUCUUCGAAAAAUUUACACUGCUCAAAUAAAAAAAAUGAUUCCUGAUUUCAUCAAUUGUCUAGUUAAUAAAAAAUAGUUUGAUAAUAUUUACGAGAAUACAAAAACAUGGGCAGAGUCAGGGUCCCUUUUUUGUCUCGCGUCUCUUUUUUCUUUAUUCGAUUUAUCUUCUCACUUUGUUUCAUUGGUUUCUUUUUGAUUAGGUGAGAAUAUCAUCAAAUAUAACAUACUCAGCAGUUGCAGAUGUAGCUAAUUCAUAGCUCAACCGAUCGCAGCCCUUGACACUUGCGUUUUAUUUACGAACAGUGUGCGGUUUAGCUACAAACACACACCGAAGUCUGUUUUAGCUACGAAACACACACGCAUGUUUUAGCUACGAAAACUGUUUUCCUGUUUAUUGCGAAAUACUGCUUAUGCGGGUUUCUUUCUGUAUUUGGCGUAGUUAGAAAACUUGCAAAUAUAAAACAUUUAUUCGUAUCGAAACAUACAAUAACAUAAGAAUAUGAAAUUACAGUCAGUUAUUCACCAGAAACACUUAAUUUUCUCGCAGUUGUUUGAUAGCUUCUGGAUCCUGGACCGGCCGAAUAUUAGAUAGAAAAGUAGCAACUGAAGUCUCCGGUAGGCUUGCAAAAAUAGGGCGGUAGGCUUGCAAAACAUGUCGAUGUGGUGUUUGUGCAUUUUGCGACUCCAUUUGGCGGUUUAACUUCCCAAAAACCUAUUAGAAGCCAACUUGGUCGAGAUCCAUGACAUCCGGCAUUCUUCUUGUUAUUGGCAUCUGUAAAUUGAGAAACACUGUGGAAUAUUGAAAAAUGUGUUGGAAUUACCUCAUUUAUUGAAGAUUUCACCAUCACUUUCCACUUUUUCGAGAAACGCAACAAACUGACUGUUUUUCUGCAAAGAUUCAACGUAAAACGUAACUUUUAGAUGAACUUACUCGUUCUCCAUCGAUAAAACACUGACGCGUAGACGAUAUAAUAUGUUACCAGCACUUUUCUAGGCUUUAAGUCACGAAAAUCGUCGAAAAACAAAACAAAACGAAGAAAACAUGUUUGCGCGCCAAAAAACCGUAGCUAAAACGUAUGUGUGUUUUAGCUGAGAAAUCGGUCAGAAACACUGAGCUAAAUUUUUGCUUCGAUUUAGCUGGAGAUUCAAGUUCUUUCUACGGUUCAGCUACGAAAACCCUCAAAAUAUGAUUUAGCUACAUCUGCAAAUGCUGAGUAUAUAAUGUUGUUUGUUUUUCGAUGACGAAAUAUUAUUUGUUUCUUUUUUGUUUAGAAAUAUAGAUAAUUGUGUAAUUAAAUUUUCAGCGAUUUUGUGCUUAAAUUUUGACGAUUCUUCUCUCUCCAUUAUUUUACACGCCUUUAAAAAAUGACAAAAUUACUAUUUGAAAGAGACGCAGAGAAAGAGAGAAAAAUACGGAGAAAUCACAGAGAAAUUCAAAACACCAAAUUGAUUUUCAGCCCGACAUUUUCAUCAUGUUUCAAAUGCAUUCUCCAAAACCAGUUGAUUUUGAAAAGAGUUGGCUAUCUCUGCGUCCUUUUGUUGUAAAUAUUCUAAAUACGAAACCAAUUCCAAGUGCUGAAUGGCAUCAUAAAUACAGCGAAGUUUAUCAGAUUUGUGUGUCGAUUCCGGAACCAUCGAGCAAACAAUUAUAUAAUGAGGUAAGCAGUUUAAUUUAAGAAAAACUGGAAAUUUUAUAAUUAAAAAAAUGAAAAACUUAAGGUCAAAAUUUGUAUCAAAGAGCAUGUGAAAUUGCGAAAAGAAUUGAUUGAAAAUGUCGAAGAUAAAGAACUUCUUCAAGAAUAUUUUCGAAUCUGGACGGGUUUUCACCAAGCCGCUUUUCUAAUCAAUAAAUUAUUUGCUUAUAUGAAUAAGCAACUUGUGAGACCACAACAAAAAGAAAAUGAUUCGAAUGCCGAUGAAAUCAAAGAAAUUGGAUUUGUAAGUUUUAAAGUCUUUUCUGAAAUUACCCUAAUGAUUUUUUUGCAGCUUGCUCUUGAUAUUUGGCGGGAAGAUCUUGUAAAUUCAAUUCAAUCUCGCCUUGUUCAAUCAAUUCUAAUUGCUAUUGAUGAAGAUCGACGUGGAAAUACUCCAGACCAUUUUGAUGUUAUUGCCGGUGUUAUCAAAUCUUUUGUUCAAAUGGAACACGAUAUAAGAAAAUUCCCACAUAAAGCUUCGCAACAAAACGAAUCAAUGGAACGCACACAAUUUUACAAAAACAAUUUUGAACCAAGAUUUUUGAAGGAUACCGAAGCUUAUUAUUCAGAAUUAGCUCAAAAAUCUUUGAUUGGAUUGUCUUGUUGUGAAUAUCUAAAAGUUGUUCAAGAAAUAUUAAAACAUGAAGAAAUUUUGACAAAAGAAUAUUUGAUUGAGGAAAGCACGAAAGAAGUUAUCGAAUUAUGCGAAAAGGUUAUGAUCGAAGCGCAUACACAGAAAAUGCAUCAAGGUUUGAUAAGAAAAGAAGAUUUGGUAAAUUCAUGUUGCUUUUAUGAAUUUUAUUCGAAAAAUGCCAACUGGUAUGAUUCAUCAGAUGAGAUUCGAGGUAUUGGUUCAAGCCCAUCUAAAUCUGAUCCAUUAUGA